AUGACCCAGGUCCCAGGCCGUCCGAUCGGCCAGCUGCUCAAUACUAUGACGGACAAGCAAGUGGAAAACGUGGUGACCGACCUAAAGCGGUACGUCGCCCAGCUGCGAGCGAUCCCUAACGAAGUCAGCAAAUUUCAAAUCUGUAACUCUCAAGGUGGCGGGAUCCUGGACUGGCGCAUCCCUGAUAGCCAGUCAGAGGAAUUGCGCUUCCAAACAGAGACCGACUUUCACGACUAUCUGACUAGAAUGAUGACGGAAGAUACUCGAAGGCAUGCGGCCAAAUCGCAUGCCACCCCACACGCGAUCGUAUUUACGCAUGGAGAUCUAAAUCCUAGGAACAUUCUCGCUGAGAACGGCAAGAUUACCGGCAUCGUCGAUUGGGAGAAUGCGGGCUUUUUUCCAGAGUACUGGGAGUACACUAAGAUGCAUUACACAGUUCGCAGCUUGACUCGAUGGCUGGUUGAUGUCGUUGAUCGAGUAUUUGAGGGCUACCGGGACGAGCUACAUGUGGAGAAUAUGCUAUCAGAUUUAUCAGGCCCCUUUUAA